UCAUGCGAGUUCCUCACGUGUUUACGUGUUGGUCUCGUGUAGUAGUUAUUUACAUAUAAAAUAACUACAAAAUAAUCAAAAAUGAGUUUGUAUAACUUUAAAAAAAUAGCCGUGGUCCCCACGGCUAAGGACUUUAUUGAUAUAAUUCUAUCUAAAACACAAAGGAAAACACCGACUGUAGUACAUAAACACUACAAAAUAACAAGGAUCCGUGCAUUUUAUAUGAGAAAAGUGAAGUUUACACAACAAAACUUUCACGACAGACUUUCGCGGAUAAUCCAGGAAUUUCCGAAACUGGACGAUGUGCACCCGUUCUACGCCGAUUUGAUGAAUGUAUUGUAUGAUAAGGACCACUACAAGCUUGGUUUGGGACAGUUGAACACGGCCAGGCAUCUGAUUGACAAUGUAGCCAAGGACUAUGUGCGUCUUCUUAAGUUUGGUGACUCGCUCUACCGCUGCAAGCAGUUGAAGAGAGCAGCGCUGGGUCGCAUGGCCACCAUCAUGAAGAGGCAGGCCGCUAACCUGACUUACCUUGAACAAGUGAGGCAACAUCUGUCCCGUUUGCCAUCCAUCGACCCGUACACCAGAACCAUCAUCAUCUGCGGCUUCCCCAACGUUGGAAAGUCCAGUUUUAUAAACCAGAUAACACGCGCAGACGUAGAGGUGCAGCCGUACGCGUUCACAACCAAGAGUUUGUAUGUGGGACACACAGACUAUAAAUAUCUUAGAUGGCAGGUAAUAGACACGCCCGGUAUCCUAGAUCAUCCAUUGGAAGAGCGCAACGUGAUCGAGAUGCAAGCCGUGACCGCGCUUGCGCACUUGAGAGCCGCCGUGCUGUACUUCAUAGAUCCGUCUGAACAGUGCGGACAUAGCAUCGAGGAGCAGAUAUCAUUGUUCGAGAGCAUCAAACCUCUCUUCAGCAACAAGCCGCUGAUCGUGGUACUGAAUAAAAUAGACGUGGUGAAGCCAGAGGACCUGCCGGAGCAGAAGAGGCAGCUGAUACAGCAGCUGGAAGAGACUUGUGCGAAGGGGAACAUUGUUAAUGCGGACGGCAAUUCCGAGCUACGCACAGUGCCGGUGAUGCGCUCGUCGACCCUCACCGGAGAAGGUGUCCAGGAGCUGAAGGUGGAAGCCUGCGAGAGGCUGCUCGGCCACCGGGUCACGGAGAAGAUGAGGACCAAGAAGGUGGACGGUAUCCUGAACCGCCUGCACGUGGCCGUCCCCACCCCCAGGGACGGCAAGGCUCGCCCCCCGGUGAUACCGCCAAGUGUGUUGGCGAAAAAGGAGAAAGUGGAGGGGAGGAAGAGGAAGCUCGAGAGGGAGAUUGAGCUUGAAGAGGGCGAUGAUUAUGUGCUUGAUUUACAAAAGAACUACGCCGAGAUCCCGGAGGAGGAACGCCACGACCCAAUACCGGAGUUCUGGGAGGGACACAACAUCGCGGACUACAUAGAUCCGGAGAUAUUCGAGAAAUUAGCCGAUCUCGAGCGUGAGGAAGAACUGCGCGAGGCCGGUGGGAUGUACGCGGUUCCCAAGAUCGAGCUGGACCAGAGCAUGAAGGAGAUCCGCGAGCUGGCGAUACAGAUACGCAACAAGAAGGCGAUCCUGAAGGACGAGUCGCGGCUGGUGAAGCAGUCGACGAAGCCGGUGAUGCCGCGCACCUCGCGCGCGCGCGACCGCGACCGCUCCACCACGCGCCUGCGCGCCGAGAUGGAGCAGCUCGGUGUGGACAUGUCGGACACGAAGGGCGCGCACUUCGCGUCCCGCUCGCGGUCCCGCUCGCACUCGGCGCCGGCGAAGCGAAUGCGGACCGAAGCGAGCGCGAGCCGCACGCGCUCCGUGUCGCGCCCCGCGCGGGACGAGCAGGGCGUCAAGGAUGUCGCGAUGCAAAAGCGCGCAAAGAAAAUGGCGCACGUCGCGAUAUCGAAGAAGACGAAGAAGAUGGGUCUGAAGGGCGAGGCCGACCGGUUCAUUGGUACCAAGAUGCCGAAGCACCUGUUCGCCGGCAAGCGCGGCGUCGGCAAGACGGACAGACGCUAACACUUAUUAUAUAUACGUAUAUGUAUGUUGGUGUAUUUGUGUUGUGGAUGGACGUGGAAAUGAUAGUGACAAUGGGGUCUGUACGGAAAUGCUAUACAGUUCUAUGGACGAAUUUAAUCAAAAAUACAGACUGGAGUGGCGUUAUAAAAUAGUUUUUUUCCUAUUUCCGUCAAAAUUUUUGGACAAUAU